ACCCUGAAACGUUCAAUGUAUUGCCAGCCGACAUGUAGCAGUCUGCAGAGUGAUGUUAGUGCUGUAAGGAUUCUACAGCGCUGUGGAGAGAUGCAUUCCAGCUGUCCCCGGGGAGGCCUCUCGUUUCUAAGUCUGGUGUCAUUACUCCUGCUCCUUGCCGCACCAUCCUGCCAUGGAGGAAAAGUCCUGGUCUUCCCUGUAGAUGGAAGCCACUGGGUCAACAUGAAGGCGCUGAUCAAGGAGCUCCAUGCCAGAGGCCACACCAUCACAGUGGUCAGACCCUCUACCAGCUGGUACAUCACUGAGGAGUCACCUCUGUACACCUCCAUCACCCUCCAGGAGAAAGAAUCCUUAUACAACUUCUUCGAGACCUUCCUACAGAAGAACCUGAAGGCUCAGAGAGAGGGGGCAUCGGCUCUGACGUUCUUCAAACUAACCAAGGAGUUCCUCAGCAUGAUAGAAGAAGCCCACUUCCUGAGCUGCGAGACGCUGGCUCGAAUGUUCGAAGACAAGGAGCUGAUGAAGAGUCUUCAGGACGCUCAGUAUGACAUGAUGCUCACCGACCCCGCCAUCGCUGGAGGGCUGCUGGUGGCCCACUACCUCAAACUGCCUGUGGUGCUCAACGCCCGUUGGAUCACCAGUGGGGAGGGCCACUUUGCCAUUGCCCCCUCUCCCCUCUCCUACAUCCCCGUCCCAGGGUCUGGGUUCACUGACAAGAUGACCUUCGUCCAACGGGUCCAAAACAUGCUGUACUACAGCAUCAUCGUGUUUCAGCAGAGGUUCAUGGUUGGGCCGAGUUAUGACGCAAUUUGCGCCAAGUACUUCGAAGGGGGCUGUGAUAUCAUCUCUUUAAUCCAGGAGGCUGACAUCUGGCUGAUGAGGUCUGACUUUGUGUUUGACUUCCCCCGUCCCACCAUGCCCAACGUCAUCUACAUGGGGGGGUUCCAGUGCAAGCCGGCCCAGCCCCUGCCUCCAGAGCUGGAGGAGUUUGUCCAGAGUGCCGGGGAGCAUGGGGUGAUCGUCAUGUCUCUGGGGACUCUUGUCAAUGCACUUCCUGUUGAUAUCACAGACCAGAUCGCCAGUGUGUUCGCCAAGCUCCCUCAGAAGGUGAUCUGGAGGCACCUGGGCAAGAUUCCAUCCACUCUGGGCAACAACACCCUGCUGGUGGACUGGAUGCCCCAGAAAGACCUCCUGGGCCACCCCCAGACCAGAGCCUUUGUGGCCCAUGGAGGAACCAACGGGGUCCAGGAGGCAAUCUACCACGGCACUCCAGUGCUGGGGAUCCCCCUGUUCUUCGACCAGUAUGACAACCUUCUGCGUCUGCAGGAGAGAGGCGCUGCCAAGAUCCUGGAGCUGGCAAGCGUCAACGGACCCAGUUUCCAGCAGGCUCUGAACCAGGUGCUCACCCACGCCUCCUACAGGGAGAACAUGCAGAGGCUGUCCCGUCUGCACAUGGACCAGCCCAUCAAGCCAAUGGACAACGCCAUCUUCUGGUUGGAGUUUGUGAUGCGUCACCAGGGGGCGUCUCACCUGCGUACGUCAGCCUACAGGAUGCCCUGGUACUCGUACCACUCGGUGGACGUGCUGCUGCUGCUGCUGGCUGCUGGGGGAGGAGUCCUGCUCUCCGCUGGGCUCCUGAUCAGGAUCCUCUGGAGAACCUGCCGGAGGAACAGGAACAAAACCAAACAACACUGACACUAGUAGCAGAA